AUGGCUAUAGGGAGAUUACAGACGACUAUUUUCAGACAACUAUCAUAUUGCAGACCUUUUGUUUCGUCAUUACGUUUUGGAACAGCAUCGCUAUUAUAUACACGCACAAUGUCUAAUUCACUGGAACCUUCCAAAAAACAGGCUACGCUGGCAAGGUUUUUCACCUCCAUGGGUAAGAAGACUCCUCCCGCAGUGGAAGUGGCUACGAAACAAGAAUCUCCAGAGAAUCAUGUAGAUAAAAAGAGAAAAGUGGAAGUCCAUCCAUCUCAGUCUGUCGGUGCUUCAGAGAAAGCUGAAAGUCCCCCAGAUCAAACCAAGUCGACGGUGCUGUAUUCAGAGGUUUGUAACUUGUUCCAGCAGAUUGAAGAAACGUCCUCUCGUUUAGCAAUAAUCAAGCUAUGUUCGGAGUUUUUCAUUAGAGUGAUCAAGAAUAAUCCAUCAGAUAUAAUCAUCGUUGCGUAUCUUUUCAUCAACAGACUAGGUCCCGACUAUGAACCGGGUCUGGAGUUAGGGUUGGGUGAAAAUCUGUUGAUAAAGACAAUUAGCGAAGCAUAUGGUAAGUCCAUCAAGCAAAUAAAACUGGAGUUGAAAGAAACAGGGGAUUUGGGCACUAUUGCACGCGAUGCAAGGAAUAUCCAGCCGACCAUGUUUAAACCAAAACCGUUGACAAUCUCAGACGUGUUCAACAACUUGAAGAAAAUCGCAAGCGCCACUGGUAAGGACUCGCAAUUGAGGAAAAUUAAGUUAAUAAAACAAAUGUUAUCUGCAUCUAAGGGUUUGGAGGCAAAGUUUCUAAUCAGAUCAUUGGAAUCAAAGCUUAGAAUUGGGCUAGCGGAAAAAACGGUCUUGAUAUCGUUGUCGAAGGCACUGCUGCUACAUGAACAUUGGAAAGAGAAAGGGGAAAGUAAAUUCGAUGAAGAAGAUGUCGAAUCCAUGGACUUAAUUGAACAAGCUGAGGCAAAAUUAAGGGAAGCACAUUGUCAAGUACCUAAUUAUGAAAUUGUCAUUAACUUAUGUUUACAAGAUGGUAUCCUGAAUAUUGACAAAACUUGUACCCUGAGACCUGGUAUCCCAUUGAAACCUAUGUUAGCAAAACCAACAAAGGCAAUUACAGAGGUCCUGAACGCUUUCCAAGGCAAAGAGUUUAUUUCUGAAUACAAGUACGACGGUGAAAGAGCACAGGUACAUCUGUUGGAGGGCGGUGAAAUGAGAAUAUAUUCCCGUAACGGUGAAAACAUGACUGAGAGAUACCCAGAACUGGAUGUGAAAGACUUCUUGUGUGUUGUGAAGGCCAUCACCAACGACCAAGAAGGAGAAAAUGCGAUCCAACCAGUGAAGGACAUUAUCCUAGAUUGUGAAGUUGUGGCUUGGGAUGUCGAACAGAAAAAGAUUCUACCAUUCCAAGUGUUGACCACAAGAAAACGUAAAAAUGUCGACUUGAAAGAUGUUAAAGUCCGUGUCUGUCUGUUUGCAUUUGAUUUACUAUACUUGAAUAACGAAGGAAUGAUUAACAAGAGUCUAAGAGAAAGACAAGAAAUUUUGCGUAAAGUCACAGUUCUUGUACCGGGAGAGUUCCAAUAUGCAACUUCUCUUAUCACGUCUGAUAUGGAUGAGUUACAGACGUUCUUAGAUCAAGCCGUCAAGAAUUCAUGUGAAGGGUUAAUGGUCAAAAUGUUGGAUGGUGAAGAGUCGCAUUAUGAACCAAGUAAGAGAUCGCGUAAUUGGUUAAAAUUGAAGAAGGAUUAUCUGGAUGGUGUUGGCGAUUCAUUAGAUCUUGUAGUGAUGGGUGCUUAUUUUGGUAAAGGUAAAAGAACAGGUUCGUAUGGUGGAUUCUUAUUAGGAUGUUACAACGAAGACACACAAGAGUUCGAGACAUGUUGUAAAAUCGGUACUGGUUUUUCAGAUGAGAUGCUAGGGAACUUACACACACUCCUGCAACCUACUGAAAUCGACAAUCCACCAAUGACGUACAUAUAUGAUUCCAGUGCAGAGCCCGACGUUUGGUUUCAAGCAAAGGUGCUGUUCGAAGUGCUGACCGCUGAUUUGUCAUUGUCUCCAGUGUACAAAGCAGGCAAUUCAAGGUACGACAAAGGUAUCUCGUUGAGAUUUCCCAGAUUCCUAAGAAUCAGAGAGGACAAAGACGUGACUGACGGAACGACUUCUGAAGACAUAAUCGAAUUCUACGAGAGUCAAUCCCACAUACAGAAUUGA